AUCCAAUUCAAUCCAGUUCGCGAUGUAAUGCGCGCGCGUCGGUGGCGAAAUGUUUGCGCGAUUGAACUUUAUUUAGAUAGAUGCAAAUUUGUGAUCAUUGCGCUUGCAUUUACUGUGAUGGACUAUCUGUGAUGAUUCUAGGUGUUUGACUUUAACCGCGGGGAUAACCUGACGCAAGAAGCAUGGAGACCCAGGACAUGAAGAUUCUGGAACUGAACGCCAGCAAAGCAGGCCUAGAAGGUGUCGACAAGGACCGCGUGAACAAGAUCAUCCAGGCAGCUUCGAAGGGAACGCCGUACUAUGAACACCAGCAGAAGCGGCAGCAGCGCAUCAACCUCAGGAUCGAGUCCAUGCUGGCAGAGUUGGCCCAGCUGACACCGACUCAGCUGCAGGCUUCAGAACAGAAGAUGGACGCCCUAGUGGAGAAGAUGGAACGCAGCCGAGACCUCUCGAGAAUCGUGGUUCACGUUGACAUGGACGCAUACUUCGCGGCUGUCGAAAUGAGGGACGAUCCAUCACUCAGAGAUAAGCCGAUGGCCGUAGGCUCCAUGGGGAUGCUGUCCACAUCCAACUAUGAGGCACGGAAGUUUGGAGUUCGGGCUGCGAUGCCUGGUUUCAUUGGCAAAAAACUCUGUCCCUCACUACUGAUUGUACGACCGAAUUUCAACAAGUACUCUUCAGUCAGCGCUGAGGUACGGAAAGUUAUGGCACGCUACGACGAAGAUUUCAUGCCUGUCGGCUUGGACGAGGCUUACCUGGACAUCACGGAUCACGUCAACGCCACCGACGCCGAUCCCGAAGAUAUCGUACGAGAGAUGAGGAAUGAGAUUUUCGAAGCCACUCAACUCACGGCCAGUGCAGGAAUUGCUCCGAACAUGUUCCUUGCAAAGGUGUGUUCGGACAUACGCAAGCCCAACAAUCAAUUCAGGUUGCCAAACGAUAUCAACGCAGUGCGGGAAUUUGUUCGAUCUUUACCCAUACGCAAGGUCCCCGGCAUUGGAGCUGUGCAAGAGCAGUUGUUAAGAGCACUGGGAGCACAGACCUGCCACGACCUGUGGGUGAAAAGGGCGGCCAUUGGGCACCUCUUCGGCAUGACAUCGGCUAGGUUCUACCUCAGAGCUGCGCUGGGACUCGGCUGCACCGAAGUGAAGUGCGAUUCUGCUCGCAAGUCGAAGAGCGUGGAGGAAACAUUCUCCGAGCUCAGUUCCCCGGAGGCCCUUGUUUCCAAGUGUGAAGAGCUGUGCGAGCAACUGUGCGAACAGGUCGAAGACGACGGGAUUACGGGCAGAGUGGUGACGCUCAAGAUCAAGACGGUGGCGUUCGACGUGAUGACGCGGAGCGUUACGUUGGACAGUGCUACCAACCGCAUCGAGCCGAUCAAGAAAGCUGCGCUUCGUCUGUUGCGACAGGAAAUAGCCGCAGCCAAGCCGGAUUGUCCCCUGCGGCUACGCCUGAUGGGUGUUCGUCUCUCAGGCCUCAACGACGGUGCGUCAUCGUCCGCUUCCCAGCCGACGUUGUCCAGCUUCCUGUCAGGGAGGACGGCAACCACGUGUCCCGUCUGCGGCAAGACCCUGGGCAGCAGCUCUUCCGAGUUCGUCAACGCACACCUGGACUCGUGUCUCCGCGACGCGUCGUCAGAACCGGCACGCGAGGAAGACGUUGAAAGUGCCUCCAGGUUGGCUCCCGUGAAAGUUGAGAAUUCCGACGAAACCGACAACAACACCGCGACGCCCGGAUCUCCCAUUACGGACGGACCUAGUACGAGCUCGACGCCCAUCCAGUGUCCCGUCUGCGGACAGGCGAUCCAGGAGACGGACUGGUCCAAGGUGAAUGGACACAUCGAUGCUUGUCUGAACCGGCCAGCCAUCCGGGAGAUGCUCUCGUCCCAGACUCUGACGCCGGCUUCUGGAAAGAGAAGAACGGAGACCGCACGGAGUCAGCGCUCCAAGAAACGGCCCAAGUCGAGUCAAUCCGACGAACCCAACAGAAUCACGAAGUACCUGUCUCCAUCUACAUCGAAAGCCUAAUAUUGACUCGCUGCCUCUGGCAAUGUACACUUGUAAAUAAAUUACCUAUGCUUCGUUAUCCUUGACAAA